AUGAGCGAAGAAACUUUACUAAGCCUUAAUGUCCCGAGUUCCUGCCCGUUCACAAUCUAUGAGAUUGAAUCCAGCUGGCUGACAAACUCGACCACGUAUUUGAUCCGCGAGCAUGAUAAGUACGGAGAGUUCCCGCACAUCUAUGCGAAGAUCUGCGGUGUUCCUCUCGCGUCCGCUACAGCGAGCAGUCCUAAUCCGAAGCACAGCAAAGGCUGUCGAGGAGAUGGAAAGGCGAUUCAGAACGAGUUGGAAGGAUGCAAAGUCAUCGUCCUCAGCGACACGGGCUGCGGGACAGAGGUGCCCAGUUCCAAUUCCCACCAAUUUCCUCCCGCGCAGGACAGCGGCGAGCAGAAACGAUCCGAUGUGCGUGCUGAGCCUGAAGUCUGGAACAUCCGCACGUUUCUCGAGUACACGAUCAACCCUGGCGGCAGGAUGCCCUACCUCGUCAUGGCCACGCAUUGUCAUUACGAUCAUAUCAUGGGCAUUGGGAAAUUGCCUCCCACGUCGGCGACGGCAACAGAGCGCGAGGAUCGAAAGGAUCAAGUACGCAGGAAUGUCUUGUUUGAUGGAUGCGCGCGCCCUCCAACGACGGUCCUAUCGUCCUCUUACGGCAAAUCGUUCGUCACGCCAUACUCCAAUCUCCAGAACCAUAGCCUCUGCGACAAACUCAACCUCCAGGCGCCACGAUACGACGUGGGAAUAUGGGCCGAGGACAUGUCCCGCGUCGUCUUAGGGCAUCCAACUCUCUCAUCCUCGUCCCCCACAGCAGCUACCUCUUCGCCGUCACCGCCCGCCAGCAUAGUAACGCCUCUGACAAUCCUUCAUACGCCCGGCCACACGCCGGACUCUCUCUCAUGGUACGACUCAGACUUCCGCCUUUUAUGUGUCGGAGAUAGUUUCUACGUGAAAGAGACAGCGGCCACUCGGAAUGCAAAGUGGGGUCCAGAACCGCCGAUGCCGGUCAUCUUUGAUUUGGAGAGCGAUCUGGCCCAGUGGUGGAAGAGUCUGAUGAAGGUGUUGGACUUUGUCCGGGAGAGAAAUGCAGAGGGUGAAAAGGACGAGGGCUGGGGAGAUGAGAGGUUGAGAGUGGAAACGAAGGAGGAUGCAGAUGCUGCUGAUGGUGCUGGUGAUGAUGACGAUGAUGGAUUCGUAUAUAUCGAUGCCGAAGAUGUGCUGUCGGCGCCGUCGAAGAAAGAAGCGGGAUUAGAAACAAGGCGUACCAUCCCGCAAUCUCGUCCUGAGGAUGAGAUGCAAGCAGCCUCCAAUGCGAAGACAACACCCGAGAAAACAGUCACAGGAAGACAAACAAAGUCACCACCACCGACUCAACAAACGGGCUUCGACAUGCCGUCACCCAGUCAACGCGGCGUCAUCGCCUUACCGAUCCUUUCCACACCGAGGGGCCGUCUCCCGGACAGUGCAGAGCAGGCCGACGAUGUGUGGAUGAUGGUCGUGGAUCCAGUGGUUUCUCGACCCCGUCCUCAAGUUCCUCACCGCAAUGGCCCCGACCAGUGGUCAGCCCGAUGUCGUCUCGAGCCCGUGAUAGCGCCACCACCACGUGUUGCUCCCCCGCGUUCUCUGCCGAAGGCGAUGAUGACCAAGGAUACAAAUCCACCUGCUCGUCGUCGUCUCUCCUCCCAAGCUGGCGCGGGAAGGCGUCCCCGAGUGCGCCUUUGCGCCGCGCACACCACCCUCUCCGUGGACGCCGAGUGGGCCAUCCUCUGCAUGCGGCGCUUCAUGACCAGGGUCCUCGAGGGCGACGUACCCUGCAGACGGGCUGAGGACGGGCCCCGGGGCGAAGAGCGCUGGAUAUGGGACGACGCGCUUGUGUCUUCUCGCUCGGAUGCAGCCUCCUCGUCGCGCGAGGAAACCGCCCACACGACGGCGGAGACGAGGCGUGAUGCCGUCCGCGUGGUUUUUCAGGACGUCGAACGCGCAGACCCAGACAUCAACCAUGGACAAGGACACGGGCAUGAGCAUGAGCGGAAUGCAGCCUCGCCGCCUCUUCUGACCAAAUACAGGCGCAAUUCCAAUUCGAAUUACAGCUACAGCGUCCUGGCGCCCCUGAGCGUCAUUGAGGAAGCGCGAAGAAGCAUUCUCAGGGGUCCUGCCGGGGUGGUCUAG